AUGGCCCCACCGCUGCCGAGGACCUCGUCGCAUCGCUCGACAGGCUCGGUCGCGUCCACGCCUCGAGCGGGCACAACGUCAGAUCAGACCACGCCCAGACGAAGAGCUCGCAAUCUACUCAGGGACUAUUAUGGUCUCAAUGCACCAACACCGAGCAAAGAAGGCGACCAUCUCGCAGUCGAUUCCUCCGCAUUCGACCCGAGGGCUUUGUACACACAUCUACUGAACAGUCAGACGCUUCCGGACCUCAUCAAGAAAGAGAAUGACUUGCUCGUCGACAUCCGCGAGCUUGAUGCAGAGCGACAGUCGCUCGUCUAUAACCAUCAUCAUGAGCUCAUCGAAGCUUCGACGUUGAUACAGAAGAUGAAGACUCGCGCAGAGUCUCUCGAUAGCUCGCUCGAGCAACUUGGCACAGCCUUCGAGGCGAUCGCGCAGCUGACAGAUUCGCUGUCCACCGCAUUCCCGCCUGCAGUGGUCACGGGUCCCUCGAUGAGGGCAUUGGAUCCGAUCAAGCACUUGCAACCUAUCGUUGAUCUACCCGACAGAUUGCGAGCUACCAAUGCUCGUGCUGGCUUGUGGGGAGAAUGGGAGCCUAUCCUGCGUGAAUGGCAGAUCAGUGGAGUACAGGGCGUAGAUGAGAUACUCGAGGAAUGCCGACAGAUCAUCAAGACGAGACGGCAAAGCGUCAGUGCAGCGACAACAUGA